UAUUGAGCAAUAGUAUUGGUGGAUGCCUAAUGAUUCUUGAUGUUAUUUUCUUAUCACUGAAUCAGUGAGUUCUAAAGAACUCAACUUAGAACUAGAUGACUAUCAAUCACUCGUGGGUCUUUACUCACUAGCAGACUCUAAUGACUCAAGCAACUCCAUAUUAGGCCUAAGUUUAUCUUCAAUGCUAGCUAAAAGCAAUGCAGGACGAGUUGUUAUAAUCUUUGCAAUCUGGGACUGAGUUAACCCGUGAGUUCUCAUUAGCUGUAAGACUAAAUCAGCUUUCUCAGUGUCAACAAUUAAAAGCUUCUCAGAAGCAGAUAUGGCAGAAUACAGGGACAAUCCACAUGAUUUUUGGAGAGAAAGUCUUUUUUUCAUAUUAAACUAAGCAUUUAGUUUUUGUAGAAUGCUGAAUUAGAAAAUACUAAACCUUUACGCUUGAUGCGCCUCAGUCUCAGCAGGUCAGCCUCUAACUCUCAAUCUCACUCACCUCUCCGCAAAUUUAACUUUUGGUCUUCUUUUACGGGCGAGUACCGAAGAGUGAAGACGGGUUAUAACUGGGUUGUUGGGUUUCACUUGUGGCCCGUGUGCCUUUCUGCACCCCUUAAAAUAUAAAAACAGCAUCAGCAAAAGAAAGCCCUACUAUGCAACGUGAGAUUUCUCCGGUUGACUGAGUGAGUAGACGCCAUAACUAUUAUGCAGUGAGGGUCUGAGUGAGGCGCAUCAAGCAGAAAAAGGUUAGUCUAUAGAUACUUCUACUACUACUCCAUAUUCAUAAUCAGGUUCAGCAAAUUGGAUAAAACUUUUCCUCAUACAAUGCUUCGUUUAAUUUGCAAAAGACUCUCUCUUGUAAACUCCAGAGCUUCACCCCUUGUCCAUGGCUUCUCUUCAUCCAAUUCUUUUACCAGACCCAUGUCAGAAAUGUCUAGUUCCAUUGACAGGCAAAGUUUUACGGUUUCUUACCUCCAAAACUCAUGUGGGUUGUCCCAGAAUUCUGCCAUUGCGGCUUCUAAGAAGCUCUUAUUUGAAAACUCUGAACAACCCGAUUUAGUAUUGGAACUAUUGAGAACUCAAGGGUUAACACAGUCCCAAAUUGAGAAGAUUAUAGUCACUCGUCCUCAAUUGCUUGAGGCUGAUGUGGAAGAUACACUUAGGCCUAAAAUGGAGUUUCUCGAGUCUUUGGGGUUUUCUGGUGCUAGCAUGGUAAAAUUAGUGACUAAAGACCCUCGUAUGCUUGAUUGUGAUGUAGUGGAAUCAGUUCAGUUGUUUAGAUCUCAUGGUUUUAGUGAUGAACAAAUCAGGGCGUUGACCAUGAAACUUCCUUCAUUGCAUUUCUGCAAUACAAACAAGACUGCGAAGCCAAAACUUGAGUUCUUAAAGUCUAUGGGUUUUACGGAUGAGGAUAUCGCAAGAAUUGUUUCGUCUGAGCCUUAUAUUCUAGAAAGGAGCCUGGAAAAUCAUAUUAUUCCUUGUAUUGAAGUGCUUAAGCAGGUUCUUGGCUCUGAUGAGAAUGUUCGAAACGUUAUAAAAUCUUGCUACUGGAUACUUGAAUACAAUUUGGAAAAGAUGCUUGUGCCGAACAUAGCAAUGUUGAAGAGCCAUGGUGUUCCUGAGAAUUUAAUCGUGAAAUUGUUCAUAGCUCACCCAAGAACACUGCUUGUGAGAUCUCAGAAGUUUACUGAGAUACUUGGUGAAGUUGUGAAGUUGGGCUUCAAUCCCAAUACUUUGCUCUUUGUUCUUGCCAUUCGUUCCAUGGCUGUGAUGAGUAAGGCAUUGUGGGAGCAAAAGGUUGAAGCUUAUAAAAGUUUUGGCUUGACAAAAGAUCAGGUGUAUUCAGCAUUCAAAAUGCAACCUAUGUGUAUGCUUAUUUCAGAGAAAAAGCUCAAGAAAGUCAUGCAUUUCCUCAUUAACAAGUUGAAUAUCGACAUUUCUGUGAUUUGCAGGAAUCCAAAUCUUUUAAUGCUUAGCUUGGAGAAGAGAAUUAUUCCUCGGAGUUCAGUUCUGCAACUUUUGAUAGCAUCAGGUUUUCUAAAGGAAGAUGUCAACAUUAUCUAUUAUCUCAGAAUGACUGAACAGAAAUUCGUGGAGAACCUGGUGAAGAAGUAUAAAGACGUGCUUCCUAGCAUUGUUCAGGCGCAUGAAGGCAAGAUUGAAUUUGUAGGCUUUCCGGUUUUCUUAAAAUCAUAACUUCUAUGAAGAUGAAGGUAGAGUAUCAAAGGAUACCAACAGCUAAGAUUGAGUUCAUCGUCUCAUCUAAGAUGUUAACACUGUGCCACUAUGGUGAGAUUUUUACACAGAAUAGCGAUCAGUCUCCUUAGAUGUGAGCUGUCUGUUCUAGUAUACAUGUUUGGGUUUUUUUAUUAGUGGUCAUCAUACAUUUUAAGUAUUCAUCAUUCUCGCCAUCAAGUCUUUCCUCCCUAGUUUUGGCUGCUUUUUGUGACUGAGAAUCCUUUUUGUUUUUCCUCCCAUGUAGAUCUACUCUAGUUAUAUUUUUUCCCCUCUUAAUUUUGACUUGUCUUCAUGAACUCUUUGUUUGUAAUCCAAAAGAAGUAUUUGUUUAUAGUAGUGUAACAAUACUGAGUCAUCAGAUUGCUAGCUAGUGGUGUUUAUCAAACUAGGCAAUUAAUUUCUUGAAUCUUGAUCUUUAUUGUA